GGCGGUGUGGCCGACACGCCACAGUGUCGAACGAACGUGGCGAGAUGAUUGCCGACCGCUUGUCCUCGGACGCGAUCCGCCAGCUCCAUGACCAGCCGUCGUCGGCCGGCGGCUUCCAGCCCUUCCUGCAGGUCGUCCACAUCAAGAUGAUCCAGCCCGCAUCCGUGGUCGAGAAGGCGCGCUACUGCCUUGUGCUCUCGGAUGGCACGUACUGCAUCUCGUGCCUCCUUGGCCCCGACCUCUCGUCUAGCUUUACGCUUGGCGGGAUCACGCUCCACGCCGUCAUUCAGCUCAUCGAAUAUUCGCCCAAGUUUGUCGCUGGCAAGCUCAUCCUCCUCGUCGAUGUCAUGGAGCUCAUCGAAGCGUGCGCGCACCGCCUUGGCUCCGAGCACCCGAUUUACUUUGAGCUCGAGACCGCGACCAUGUCGUCGCUGCUCCAAGCGCAGCUCGAGCUCCUCGUACACAAGGAACGUCACAUGGAGCGACUCUGCGCGUCCGUCCAAGAGAACGCGCGCGUGGCCGCCGACCUCAUCACGCUCAACGUCGGCGGCCAGCGCUUCCAGACCGCCAAAGCCAACUUGCUUCGGGACCCGGAUGCGUACUUUGCCGUUAUGCUCUCGACAGCGCCGACCCACGAGGACGGAAGCUACUUUGUGGAUGUGAACCCGACCCACUUCGAUCGGAUCAUGGCACAUGUCCGGACAGGCGAGCUCAUUGCCCUCGACGGUCUCUGCGCCUGGGACGCCAAGCAGCUCCGUCAAACGAUCGAGUACCUCGGCCUCGAGACCGCACUCGCAUCGCCGUAGCAUAGUACAGAGAAUAACCAACUAAAGAUGAAGCUAGUACUUUGGGUAGGACGAGACGCGUACCUAGUACAGUACUAGGCUUAGUCGGGCUUGCUGACGAC